AUGGGGGGCUGGAAUAUGUGUUGUGCCUUCGGGGGAGUCAGGAAGCUGCAUUCCAGCAUCAGAAUGUCAAGAUAUGGAAUCUGCUGUGUGUUCAUGGCCAGCUGUGGUGGCAUUGCACGAGAAAAUGGAACAUAUUUUGUAAAUCCAAAUAGUCCCGACGUUACAGAUGGAACUGGAAGCUGUCAACUAUCAAUUUUGAAACUACAUCCUGAUAUUUGUCAGCUCCGUUUGGAUUUUGAGAAUUUUGCAAUAGCUGGUCCGGAUGUUUUAAAUCAUAUUUGUAAUACGGAUCAAUUUCUUGUGUCGGGUGGUUCAACAGUUCCGACGAUAUGUGGAACAAAUCACGGUGAUCACAUGUACAUCGAUGCUGGACUGGGACAAUCUAAUCCUGUUAUCUUAACGGUUAUAACAUCCGGACCGACAUUUCCUAGAUCAUGGCGAAUAAGAAUAUCGCAAAUUCAUUGUGGAAGUCUGCACAAAGCAGAUCAGGGAUGCUUACAAUACUUUACUGGCAUCUCGGGACGAGUGAAAAGCUUUAACUACGAUUCACUUUCGGGUCGACAACUUUCAAAUCAAGAUUACAGCAUUUGCAUUCGUACUGAGAGAAAUUUCUGUUCUAUUCAAUAUACCGCGUGUGGUGAUGCAAUAGAUUCAGACCGAAAACGUUCAUUCACACUUUCGGGUAACAGCAACUCAGUAGUUCCAGCGAUGUUAGGUGGUGGAAUACAAAGUCAAUCAAACUCGUGUCCAAAUGAUUGGUUGAUGGUUCCGUGUGCGAAAGUAGCUGAUCGCGUGCCACCAGCAAUUCAAUGCGAAGAUAAAAUAUGCGGUGGAACUUUUAACGCUGAACCAUCUACAACUGAACGAACAGUUUCGAGUAAUAUUCGACCAUUUAGAUUAGCCUUUCAUACUGACUCUGUUGAAGCUCCCACUGAUGUCGACAACAAAGGAUUUUGUUUGGAUUAUGUUCAGCAGCCUUGUACAAAUGCUUAA